AUGGAUGAUAAAGCAUGUGAUUUCCUUCGCGAAGUUGAUAAUCUUUUUAACAAUAAAGGUGUCAAUGUGGUCAAAUUUAAUAAAUUCACGAAAUACUAUUCUUAUUGUCCUUAUCAAAAUGGUUCAAAAGAAAAUAAAUGCACAAAUGACUACGAAAGAAUUAACGCUUUGGGAUCAUAUUUACAUAAAAAAAUUAGUGAACUUGAUGAAAAUUACAAAAAACAGAAGGGUGUCAGUCAGCAUAUUGAGCUUUUUAUGAUAUGGCUAGGUGGUAGAUUAUUUAAGAUAGAAAACGACUAUAAAGCAACUCUGGAAGAGUCUUAUAAAAAACAUUUAGAGAAGCAUAUGGGGAAUUAUGAUUAUUGGAAACUUAUAGAUAGUAAAAAACAUUAUAAGAAUGCUACCAUUAAGAAAAUGAGCGAUAUUUAUGGCCUACUUAACAAUAUAUGUAAACUAAUUAAUGAAUACAACAAAAGUACCACAACUAUUAAUAGAAGUAAUCUUAGAAAUACUUCCACCCAAUGUCUGAACUUCUAUAGAGUCAUUUAUAAUUCUGUUAAUGGAUGUAAACCAUAUCUGUAUUUAUUGGAUAGUUUAAAAAUGAUGUAUGAAAUUUUUAGAACGACGAAAAUGGUUAAUAAUAAUUUUAAGAGUAGAGACAAAGAUUUUUUAAAUACCCAAAUUAAACCUAUUACAACGUUUGGUGGUGAAAAUAAAUUAUUUGUGACUGUUGUUGAAAACCUUAGUUUUGAUGAUAAAGAAUGUAGAGAAGUGAAAUCAAAUGAUGAGAAAAUUGGAGAACAAAUUGAAUCCAAAAAAUUACAAAGUAAACUAAAAGAUCCUGGGUUACCUAAAAAAAUAGGCACAACACCUCAAGGGAGAGCUUCUGGGAAUUUUCCGCCUGCAAAUCCACCAGUUCAAAAACCAGCACCUUUAAAGCCAUCUGCCCCCAAACCACCAGAACGAUCACCUGUACAAACACAACAACCACCUCAAAAAUCAGAAACAAACCAUCAAAGUGGAGCAAAUGGUUCAGACAGCAAGGAAGGAAAUAAAGGUGGCGGAGAGAAGGUAUUAGGAGGUGCAGUCAGUCGGCCAGAAAGUUCAGAGAGAAAACUAAAUGAUGCUGAACAAAAGAAACCAAUCCAGGUGGGCACCCCCUCACCAGGGCCCAAAGUAUCAAGUCAAUCAACGGGGGUGGGAAAUCAAGGUAAUGGUGAAGGUAGCAGGGCAGGUGGUCAAGGAAGAUCACCUGGUGGAAUAAGUAGUGAAACAGGUAGUGGGACAGGUGAUCAAGGAAUAUCACCUGGUGGAACAAGUAGUGAAACAGGUAGUGGGACAGGUGAUCAAGGAGGUUCAGGUAAUCAAGUAAAUACAGGUAGUCAAACAAAACCUUCCAUGGAUCCGCCAGAUGGAAAUCCAGCACCUGGAUUAUCUGGAACAGGCACGCCACAAUCAUCAGGUUCACCAUCAUCACCAGGCACACCACAAUCACCCGCAGUAUCACAACCAGGUCCACCACCAGCAGUACCACCAAAGCAAAAAUCAGAAGGACAACCACCAUCAUCAAAACCAGCACCACAACCAGUACCACAACCAGCACCACAACCAGUACCACAACCAGAACCACAACCAGUACAACAACCAGACUCAUUACUACCAUCGUCAGACCCACAGAAAUCAGAUCCACCAGCAUCACCACCAGAAUCACCGCCAUCAGGAUCACCACUUUCACAAAACAGCCCUGAAUUAAAAAAAACUCAAACAGGAGGUUCAAAUAAUUCAAAUGAGUCAAAAGAUUCAGGCAAUGAUAAAGGAAGUACAGGGGGUACAAAUGAUAAUACAGGAGGUUCAGGUAGUGGAAACGAAAAUCCUGGUGGUGGAUCAAAUGUUCCCACAUCAAAUACGUCAGAAGGAUCUUUUAAUUUUGGGUCAUCAUUUCUUGAAUUCAUAUUAAAAGGAAAGGAAUAUUAUAAUAAAGGUUCCAAUUUUAUUAAAGAUAAUCAGCAAAAGUUUAAAGAUGCUACGGAGAAAAUCAGUGGUGCAUAUAAUCAAGCCAAGGAUAAAUUAAAAACUACUUACGAUGAAUCUAAUAAAUAUUUAAAUCAGAUUAUUAAAGAUGUAUUUGCCCAAUUUAAAAAAAACGAUACUCCCUCUAAAUCAAAUGAUAAACAACCUGACCCAGGCAGACCAAUAGAUGGGGGAAAACAAUCUAAUCAGUCACCAUCAGCUCCACCAAUAAAUCCACCACCACAAACUCCAACAUUAAAUCUACCAUCACCAACUCCAACAAAAGAUCCCCCAACAAAUCAAACAUCAAUUCCACCAAUAGAUCCAACAUCACAAAAACAAUCAUCUUCCCAACCCAAACCUAUAACACAGGACCUUACACAAGUUAAUCAACCCAACCACCAAAAAAUUGAUCAACUGGUAAAAUCAAUAAGUUCUAACCAAAAUUUGAAAAAAACAUGGAAUAUAUUUCCAACUACAUGGAAUGGAUCAAAUGAUUGUAAACCUGAAAUAAAUUUUAUGAAUGCCACAUUAGUGUGCUGUACAUCUAAACAGUGCAGUUUAACUGGAAUUUCAGUUACACUUGUUUUAAUACCCAUUAUUUUAUUAAUUGCAUAUAAGUAUUUAUCAUUUGGAUCAUCAAAAAAAUUGGAAAAAAAAAACAUGAAGAAAGUUAUAAAUUUUCAUGAUGGAAACAGAAAGACAAAAAUAAUUAUAAGUUCACAUGAUAAGAAAAAAAAACUAAAACCGAUUAUAAAUUCAGUUGAUGGAAAAAAAGGCCCAUUAUUAAAUAUAUACAAACUUAUACAUGCCGAUCCUAUACCAUUUAUUAAUUUAUUUUUUUUGUUAAUUUUUUUUGUCUAUAAAAGAAAAAGAGACACCAUAGAAUUAUAA